AGGUAUCAUAGUGUGUGGGUUGGCAGUCUUGUGGCCCGAGGCGGAUGGCAGACCUGCGGCAAUGACAACAAAGCUUGACAAGUGGCGUUAAAGGUGCGUGUGAGGCACUGAGGGCUGGCCGCUGUUUGUGUGCUGCCCCUCACAGUCCUGCCAAGGUGUGGUGGUGCGGCGCGCGUGGUUGGGACUCGCGUUACCUGGCCUGGCUCGAGUUACAGUACAGAGAUCACCUGACGGGCUGUGAGCCAGAGAUAUGAUGGAAGGAUGAGUGACCAAAGGCUGCAGGAGGCCUGGUCCUGCUUUGCCCAGACUGAACCAGGACAUGUGGUGGAACGCCGAAACCAACUUGAUGACUUCCUUGGUCUCCUGUUGUCCUCUUCCCGGAGUGAAGCUCCCCUCUCUAACCUCCUACAUUUUAGUGACUUAGGCAGUGUGGUAAGCCUCUUGGGUGGACAGUUCCUGGCUGACAUAGAGCAUAUCUGUCUGGGAUCUGUGAGUUAUGACAGCGAUGCAUCAUCCAGCGCCACAUCACGGUCCGUUGGCUCCAUUGUCAGUGACACCUCUCGGGCCAGUGAUGGGUCACGGGGCUGCCGGCCACGGGUCACCAGCACUGUCACUGCUGCCAGGAGCCAUCGGUUCACUUUCCCCUCUCAUCUCCCUCACCUGGUUCAGGAACACCUGCUUCCCGACUCAGACCAUGUUGGUGACACACAGGAGCAUUCACCAGAGGCACAGCCAAGCCAGGACAGGGACAGUAAGCCAUGGAGGUGCAACUCAGAAAAGGAAGGAAGAGAGAAUGCAGGUGAGGAAUCGACUAUCUCAGGAGCUUCACAUCUGCAGAUGAAAGGCACAAACAAGGAAGCACAGAGUUCAAAUGGAACACCUAUUGAGAAUGACAAUGACUCUGGCACAGACCACGAAGAAGAAAGCAAGACCACCAGUGAGGGCACAACUCAGCCUCCUCAGGACUGUGGUGACCAAACACCAGAAUCAGUAAAACAGGCAGCUGCAGAUACCAUUCCACAUUCAGCCUCACAAGACAAGUCCAGCGAGGCAGAACAAGAGGGAGAUGAUGCCCCAGAAGCAGAGAGAGACGAGUCCCUGCCUGUGCGUUGUGAGGGACAGGGAGAGGUGCCACAGUCCCCCAAAACACAAGCUGAUGAGAACCAGGAGGCAAGCAACAGUGGGAAUGACUCUGGCCAGGGGAAGGAGGCUCAGAAUGCUGCUACCCUCACUCACUACCUCCAAAAAGGCUGUGGUGCCAAGAUCCUGGUGGCUCUGGACCAGCUGGGUGUGGUGGGUUUGACUGGAGGGAGAGAAAUCAGUCACGUUCUGGCCUUUAUAUUUACAUUUAUGCUCAAGAACUCUUCACUAGACAGUUCAGCUAAGCGAGGUUCGGACAGGAUAGAGAGAGAUGGAGAAGCACCACUGCUCAGUGAAAGGAAGGACCCUAAUGAUCGUGAGGCAGAGAAGAGCACCAAGAGUCAGCCAUCAUUCAGGUUUGUGCCCUCUGUCAACCUCAGCCUGGAGGACAUAUUUGCCCCUGUCAUACACUUGGCAAACUCCCGCAGCAACUCUGGUGGAAGAAGCAGCAGCCUCUCAACUCCCCAGCCCUGGAUGCAGUCAUCAGUGUCAAAGAGCAGCAGUGUCUCCAGCUGCCAGAGCUUGAAGAAAUCAGGAAAGAAGAGGAGAAAAAAAUACUCCAUGUCUGUCUCAUACGUGCAGUCAGAUUCUGAAGGGGAAGAGAACCCUAAGAGGAGCCGCCUGGGGAAGGCUCUCGUCAAGUUCACCAUGAAUCCCAAUGACUUUGAUUACUUCACCCGGGUUGUCUAUAGCGACGACGAGAGGCGCCCUGACACUGACUCUAUUGGAAGUGUUGUUUCCCAGAAGGACAAGGUUUUCAUCAGUGAAAGCAUUUCAUCUCUGUCAAUGGUUGAACUCCUGCAGUGCAUCAUAUCCAUUCAAAUACAAUUGGCAAUGCAUGAGGCAGAGCAGAAGCAUCUUUCUUCUCCUCUUUUGGCAACACAUGACAUCUUGCAAUUUUCCCUUGACACCUUCACUUCCAUGGUGUCUGAAAUGAAGCAGAAGAAAGAGAAUUCAAGAGAUAUACAACUUCUUCUCUCAUGGAUGCUGAAACUUGUGUUCUCCUCAGUUCAAAGGUUUCUGAAAUGUAGUGAAUCAUUGCACAAUGUGACUGAACUUGGAAUUAUACCAAAGCUAUUGAAAUUAGUGUGUGUUUUACUGGAUCUCAGAUUUGAUACUGCCAUAAACAGUGAUGCUCAGAGUGACAGUGCAGCUAGUAUUAGUAAUGAUUCAAGAAGCAGUCAGUUUGAUGCAAGUAAAGAAAGUCUGGCCCUUGAGAUCAUCAUUGGCCUCCUCUUCUUACUUCAAAGCUGCACUUGCCUCAAGCUGGAGUGGAAGGAGGUUCUGGAGUGUUUGCAUCUUCAUAUUGUGUUUCUGCAAAAUAAUGGAGCUGAAAUCAUUAAGAAAGUUGUGUUGUAUAGUAAGUCAUUAUCACUUAACAAAAGAGCUGAGAUUUUGGAUUCCAUUAGUCAUUUAGUGAUGUACAUGAAGUUUUGGAGGGAGGACAUUUACCACUCAGAGAAGUGUGAUAAGAAAAGUCACAGGUUUUGUGAAUACCGAACUGUUCAGAACCACCAUUCUCGAGUGUUUGGGAUCAAUGCAGAGAACAUCAAGAUGAUACAUCCUGGAAGAUGCAUGAUUUCAAACUUUUCCGACAUUUUACUGGACUGCUUUGCAGGCAGUAAAGAAGCUGAACUUUCUACUUGUGCAAUAAAAUCUCUGUCAAAGUGUGGCUUGUGCUGCUGCAUGAACUCAAGAGGAGUGUUGAAUAGACUGCUUGAAGAUCUUCCAGAGAGGAUACCACAUGUUGUUACUUUUGUCACCCUGUUCAUAGAAAACAUAGUGUGGCGUGACCUGAGUGGCCUGGCUGUCACUGAGCCAGUCAAGUGCAACUUUUGUCAGAAGUUGAAGCAGUCAGACCUUGCAAUUAACAUGCUGUCUAAUGAUUACGCUUCAGAUGAGUCGUUCAUGUCGAGUUUUGUCACUAAAAGCAAGAGUCCAUACCACCAGUUUCAGGCUCAUGACAGAGACAGAGCAGACACACAUUUACAAUAUGCUGUUUUUUGGGAAGGCCUCAGUGUUUACAUAAAACUCCUUGAAAGUACAGACAUCAGUUCCAAGAUAAUCAAUCAUAUAGUGAGACUUGUCUGUCAGAGUAACACAGAUGUCAAGCUGGCAUUGUGUGACCACUUGGUUGUCCCAGCACUGACACAGAUAUGUGAUGAGGGCAUAAUGAAGUAUAUCAGUAGAGAAGGUCAUGAAAAGGAAAUAUUACUCAAUCUCAUAAAGUGUCUCCGACUGACAUUGGCAGAGUCAGGUGAUGGAAAACUAAUGGAGUUCCUGAAUGCAUAUGGGCCGGGACUCAUUGCCGAGUGUAAGGAAAUUCAGGGCAUAAAACAUGAGACUUUUCUUUUGUUGUGUAAUACUGUGAAGAAGGAGCUGAAGAUGAGGCCAAGUCUGCUAGUCAUGGGGGAAAUGAAUGAGGAAAGUGAAUUGACCUUUGCCAAACUGUUUGAGUGGGAAGUUAUUGAACAAGAUGAAUUCUGGUCUGCCUACUUUGGCAUGAAAGCUGAGGAAGUUCGCCAGAGGUUUUUCAUUCGCACACAGCAAAGCACAGAUACUAGUGGAGAGCACAGUGAUGUGGCCAGACAUGACAAAAAUAAAACAGAUUGUGAUAGUGACAAUAUAACAAUCCGUGGGAAUGUGGUAGCUAGUUGUAAUUCUAAAAGGGACUCCAAGGAAGACAGUGUGUCAAGUAGAAAAGCUGAGAACUUGAUAGAGAGUACAGAAUUUGGUGAAGCGAUUGGUGAUGAUUCAGAAAGCUCAGAGGAAGAGCAAAUGCAAGGAGAGACAGAGAAUGUAAGAUAUGAAGAAAAUGACAAAGAUCUUGGAGGUCAGCACAUCAACAAGGCAGUCUCAGGUCACCAGGGGAAUGAGGAGCGAGGGAAGACUUCAGGAGACGAGAUGGAAGAAACAAACGAGGAGAGCAUCAGCUGUGAGCCAGAAGCAGAGCAGCGUGUUGGUGAUGAAGUGUUGAUAAGAGAGAAUGGUCAACUGGAUGCUGAGGAGAGCAUAACCCUUCAAGGACAUGCCAAUGAGAGUUCUUCCGCGAGCGAGUCCUUCCCUUCAGAGCGCGGCAACGAAGGGACCAUCCAGCCCUCCAGCCAUUACUCCUUACCUAGAGGGAAGCAAGAGGCAGCUGAUGGUUUGGGGAAGGUGAAAGACAAGUUGUCACAGCUUCGGGGAUCUCCGGCUGUCACUUCACGGCAUUCACAAGAAAGUGGCUGGAAGCCAGUCGAUGCCGACACUCUGAUUGAGAAGUACAUAGGGCUGGGGGAGCUGUGGGCGGCAGUGAUGGAGGUGUUGCAGACAAGCACAGAGUUCCAGGUGUUCUUGGCGGGGUCUGCCGUGCGCUCCCUGGCUGCCCCCAUGCUGGUCAACAUCACGCAGGAUCUUGCCCGCUCCUCCUCAGGCACAUUGGGCAUGUCCAGUGUUGUGGUGGGACAGCUGCCGGUGACCUUCUCCCUCAUGCAGUCACUCCUCACCUUCAUCAUUGUAACCUACCCCUAUGCAGGCCUGCACGUGGAGACUCUCCUGAAUGAGCUGCGGUCGCCUCUGCUGCACUACUCCCCCAGCACCUGUGCGGAUGUGAAGCACCUGGUGUCUGUCAUGCUCCAGUGCUGUGUCUUCUCCAGCUCCCCCAGCCUGACCUACACCCUGCCACACCCUCCACAGCAUGCAGUGGAGUUGAUGGAGGAGGAACCCGGACCAGCUGGGGAAGGUGUGGACAGCCAGGCAGCUGAGAUGGACGGGUACGAGGCUGACACAGAACAGCUGGCUAACACUUCUCCCUCAUCCUCUAGGUUUUUAAGUGAGGAAGAUGACUUGGAGUGCCCUGAGCUUGUCCUCUUGGCACUUGACCUCAUCAUCAACCACCAUGAGAAGUACCUGGAGUCCCGGGAAGAGGUGAAGCAGGAGACAGCAGUGCGACGUGAUAGUCACCAAGAUGCCCCAACAGAACCCAGGGACCAGCAGGAAUCUAGGGACCAAGCACCAUCAGGGACCAAUGCUGAGUGUGAAGACCAACACUUGUUUGAAGACCAGCCUGAAGCUGACAGAUGGAUUGCGGGUUACCCCGAGAACGGAGAACAUUCCAGCGGUGUUAGGGGUGCAUCAGGGAGGUGGAGAGCCCACAGGAAUGGCAGAGAGGCAGCAGCAUUAGGAACCAAGAGAAAUGCUGUCACAAAUGCCACAAAGGGUAGAAGGAAACGGUCACCAGGUCAGAACAGUUCUACGGCAGAUAGUGUUUCCUCAACCUCCUCUAUCUACCACACCCUCAACUCUGAUGAGGAAGCAACCUCCAGCCUUGGGGAGCAGACAUCUGACUGGGAGGACCAUGUGUGGCUGGCAGACCACAAACUGGAGGGUAGCAGGGAGACAGUAAUCACUAAGGAGUCAUUGCAAAACUCUGUACCUGAAGGUGAGGCAGACAGCAGACCUCAGAGGGCAGACAGUGAAGCCCACCACCACUCUAGGACAAGUAGGUCUCCAGCAGAGGGGCAGCAGGGUUCAGCCAGCUCCCCUGUGGUUGGCCUGUGCUGCGAGAGUGAGGCAAUCCACAGUGCCUCCAUCACACAAUGUGUCCAUGCCCUCCUGCUGCUGUGUCGCUCCUCAGCCACCAUCUGCCGGCGACUCCAUGCCCUGGGGCUACUCUCUCGCCUUCUGGAUGGCUUCAGUGACCUCAUCUGUGCCAAUGACCCCACCUAUGAGGAUGUGGUGGGCACUGUGGUGGGGGUGUGGGCUGAGGUGGGUCGGUGGUGUCUUGCCCCUACAGAGCUCUCACAGUUCUUCACCCUGUUCAAGUCCUCCUCAGCUCCCCUUGAAAUCCUUCUGCGUGCAUUGUCCCGAGUGCUGGAGGGGAGUGGCAGUGAGCCCCAGUGUGCCCUCCAGUAUCCCUGCCAUGUGGUCACCACUUCCUCUGCCUCGCCCACCUUCACUGCCUCACACAACUCCCUCUCAGAGAGUCUAGCGUCAUUUGUCAACAUUCGGGCACCGGCUUCCCCCAUGGUGGAGGCCAUCACCAGGCUGCAUGAGAGUCACUGCCGGCAUGGAAUACUGUCAUGCGUCUCCAUUUGCUGUGUGGCAUGUCCAGUGCCUCGCUCCUUGGACUGGUCUCCGUACAACUCUGGCCUGGCCUGUACCACCUGGCUCUGUGUGCGGGACAGGUCUGGGUUGGAGACAAAGCAGCAGUACUCGUCACAGUCCAGCCUGGUGAUGAGUUGCCGGUCUGAGGCUUUCUUCGACCCAGGAGCAGCAAGGUGUAGCUUCUCCCGAGGAGCGACAUCCACUGCCUCAGUGAGUAGCGACCUCAACUCCAACAAGCUUCAUGUGCUGUCUGUUGGCACACAGCACCUCAUGUUCUCCCUUUGGCUGGAUCCUGCAAAAGACAUUCUACAAGUGUGUGUGUCCCGGGAGGUGGACCGUGAGAGCUCCCAGCUGAGCCAGGGUGUUGUGAUGAGGGCCGGGCUGUGUGAUGGAGCUUGGCAUCACCUGGCACUCUGCAUCCCUACUAUCAAUGUCAGAAGAGGUGGCAAUCUCAAGAUAACCAUCUUUGUGGAUUCGCUGACCUGUCAUCUGGUGAGUGUGUUGGUGCCGGCCGUGGGAUCCAUCAAGAAGAGCUCCCCCUCUUACCUCCUGCUGGGCCACACUGACUUCUUCUGUGAGGAGAUGCAGCCGUCAUGUCACAUAGUAGAUGAAUUUGAAGCUCAUGGGUUUAGCAAGCCAAAGAGGGACACCCUUCCUGGCAGCCACCACUUCCAGCUGCUCAUGGGCAACACCUUCCUCUUCCGGGAACCCAUCCUUAGCAGGGAGUCAUGUCUGUACCUUAUUGCCCUUGGGAAGGACACCACCAGCCUCAUUCCCCUUACAGACAAAGAUGAGAGGGUGGUCAUGCCGCCCUUUGUCACCCCAAAGUUACUCUCGGCAGGAAUGGACCUCUCCGUGCUCUAUGGGCACAUGGAGGCGGUAGUGAGGCCGGCCCAGGAGUCCAUCUUGGUGCUCCACACAACCCAGCAUCCCUCUGACUACCUCUGUUACAAGCCACACAUUCCCUCACUCCAAGACACAGGCAACCAUUACCCACUGUGCAGCUGCCAGCCUGCUGUUUUGUUUGGAGAGGUGACGCCCCUGCAGCACCGUGGCCCAGAUCUGGCACUGCUGCACAUGGGUGGUAUAGCCCACAUUGUCUUUCUGUUUGCACGACUCGUGGAACUGGAGAGUGAUGAGCGUGAGCAGGCUGCUGCCCUGCGUCUGCUCACUCACUGCAUCCACUCCUCCCCACAACUAGCAGCUCAGUACGAAGGCCUGCGAGGCAGCUCCCUGGUGUUCCGCAUCCUGCGCUCACCACUCUCUUGUCCAGGAGUGCAGGUGAUGAAGGCACUGCUGGAUGGCUGCACCUCACCCAGUGUGGUGCAGUACAUUGCCUGCCGAGACGUGUACACAGUGGGUGGUCAUGUCCCUGCCCUGCUGACAGACCGCGCCCUCCUCGGCUCCAUCCUCACCAACUGGAGAACCUUUUUGGAAAACUUCUCCAAAGACCAAUCCACCAAGUAUUGUGUGAAUGAGAAAGGAGAGCGGAUGACUGUCAUUGGCAUCAUCCUGUCCGUCCUGAAGGUGUUGCUGGCGGAGAACCAGCCUUAUAGAGACUUCAACAUAGCUCAGCUCAGGGAUAUAGAUGCACUGGAUAAAAUACUCUUCAUGUGCAAGGAGCUGGAGCUGACAACCGGCUCCUUGGACAGCAUCUGCUCGGCCAGUCUGGUGGUGGUGGUGGUGGCAGGCUUGGUGGGGGCAUCUUCAUCACCUCCCUGGAGGAAUGCUCCAUCUGUGGCUGCCUUGGCACUUGCUGUCCAAGAGUCAUACUCCUCUGGGUUUUCCUCAAGAACAUCAGGUGCUGGCCUACCUGUGAAUGUGAACCCUCUUGGCCUCACCUCGUUUGGGCUUGGGUCCCCGUCAGUAAGGGUGAGGGAUGUGGCAGCAGUGUAUGGAUUCCUGCUGCUGGUCCAUCCGGCUCACCUCACGUAUGCUGCCACAGAGCGCCACACUGCCUACUACCUCCCUCACAUUCCUGUUAACCUCACAUCCUCCAGCAAGAGAAAUGGCUCUGCUGUGGCUGUGGGUGUGGACUUGGCAGCAGAACUCAUGGAUCGCCCCGAGAAACCACAAAUGUUGCAGCAGUUCCAGGCUGGUGAGUGGCAGGUCAUAGAGAACAGCGACCCACUGAUGCAGCUGAAGAGAAUACGGCAGCAGCAGCAAGCAGAGAUCAGGAAGCUCAGGAGGGAAGGUUCAAUUGCCAGGAGUGCUUACUACACCUCAGAGGAUGAGGAUAGUUCUGGGGAGGGGCACAGCAGCAGCACUGACAAAAAGGAUUCUUCAGUGUUCAAUAGUGAGGAUCAGGUGGACAAUGCAGCACUUCAGCGGAGACCCAUCAUUCCACAUGUAGUUGUGUCCCCUAGCAAGGGUGAGGAGCACACUAGCAGGAGUCCUGAGAGGAAGAGUGAGAGAGACACCCCAGAGAUCUUGUCUGCCACUGAAGACGAUGAAAUAGAAAAUGACCAAGGGACCAGCCACAGUGAAGAUGAGCAGUGCCCCGCCACUGAACUGGCAGAGGAAAGCAAUGCACUGCCCAGGAUAACAAAGUGGGCAGAGGAUCCUGGAGAAACAGAGGAGGAGGACAGUGGUGAUGAGGAGGAAAGCACUGCCACUGCCAACUUGUCCUGCCUGACACGAGUGGUGGUGGGUCUUCUGGAGACUCUGGAGGAGGUAUUGCAUUGCGCCUCUGACACCACUGCCCGCACACUGCUUGGUGAGGCCAUGCACAUGGACCAGACCCUCAUCAUGGCCAACCACCCUCAUCCUGUCAUCAGGCAGGCUGUCCUCAAGCUGUUCACCACCAUGAUGGACAGAUGUUCUCCAGAGGACAGUGUUCUACACCUACGUCAGAAUGUUCCUCUCAUCAUGGGCCAGCAGCUGCACAAACAUGCUACGUCCAUCUCCCCCCAGCUGAUGAUGGCAGCAUUCUCCCUCGCUUUGGGCCGCUCUUUCACCUUUGAGGACUAUGCUGUGGACUGUGAUCCCUCCCUUGCCCUUCAAAAUAAGGUGGUGUUGUUCAUUCCUCUUCUUGCUCUGCUACCUAACUCAGCCCAGGACAUUGCUCUCUGCCACAACACACUCAUGGUCCUGCUGGAUCUGCUGCAUAAGAACACGGAGCUCAUUAUUCCAUUGAUCCACAAGGCGUACUUUGUUGACUCUCUCCUGUGCACCCUGAAGAGCUCCCUGCACACUGAGGGGGUUGGGGUGAGCGACCUCACUGGAGAGAGUGAGUGUGAGGUUGUGGUGUCAGACAUCACUGAGAUUCUCUCCUGGAUUGUGAACUGUCUUGUGGCUUCUACACAACACAAAAACUUCCUGCUGAGCCUGGAGGUGCUGCACCAUCUCAACCUUCUGUGCCGAGGCGAGUCAGCUGUGUGUGGAGGUCAGGCUAGCUGUGUAGGCCAUUUGCAGGGGACUGAGGCAGCCCUGCUACAGGUGGCACUCUCUCGCAUCCAAGCCACGGCAUCAACCCACCAGCAUGCCCUCACCUGUGAUGCUGCUGCUGCUGCUGCUGGACCCUUCAAGUUGGAGAAGACCAGCAUGACGGGAUCCAGCAGCCUGCAUAACAUGAAGCUGGCAUCCCCCGGCACUCCACGGGAGGAGAGUGACUCAGGGGUGGGCUCUGUGCUGGCUAACUACACUACCAUUCCCUUCACCAAGAGCUUGCACAACAUAUCAGACCAGUUAUUCCUGAGCCAGAGCCGCAGCUCCCCAGCACUGGGCUCAGAGGGCUCCAAGAAGGAUGACAAAGUGUUGGCUCACUCAGAGUUGGUUGACAGGUUCAAGGUUCUCAUACAGAAAGCUACAGACUUCCUGUUCAUGUCAGCCUGGUCAUCAGUGGAGUCUGUGGCAUGUGCCCUGCCUUCAGCUUCUGCCUCUGAGAACUUCAGCCUCUUCCUACUGGAGUUGCUACUGUCUGCUGCGGCCGCCAUCACCCAGCGCAAAGGCAACAGUGAGAGGUGUGGGUGGGAGCGUGUGUUGUGGGGCUGCCAGGAUACGCUUCGUCUCCAUCUCAACCACCUGCUGGCACUGGUCACCUCACCACGCACUCAUCUGCAGACCCGUGUCAGGGCAGCACAGGUCCUCUCCAAGCACCCCAGACUACAUGCCAUCAUCAACUGUACUGCCAAGGCAAACCCACAGCUCAUGUACAAAGUGGGAAUCUUCAUACAUGAACUUCGCUACCAAAAUGAAAGCCGACUGGACGCUCCGGCAACUCGCUGCUGUGAGUCACUCCUGCAGAUGAUGGAGGAAUGCUCAAUACAAGUCCUUCCUCCUCCUGAGACAUUCCCGCCACACGGCGCCAUGAAGGAGUGGAGCGUUGUGACGGAGGAGAAGAAGCAGUGGCAGGACGAGUCUGCCAAGAUUGCCAUCCUUGUGGUGGAUCGCUGCACCAAACAGGAUGAGAGGUUGAUGACCAAGAACACUCAGGUGUACGAGGCAGUGGCCCAGGAGUGCAGCCGCCUCACCCGCAGCGUGGUGGACCGGCAGAAUGUGGAGCGCAAGUUGGUGUUGGGUGGCAUCAAGCACACCCAGUGCCACCAUGUGCACCUCACCCACCGCUGGAGGGACCUGCUGGAGACCCUGACACAUGAGCGAGCUACCUGGCACUUCCAACAUUCCUACCCAAGGUCUUGGCAACUAGACCAGACAGAGGGGCCACUUAGGAUCCGGAAGAGGCUUUGCAGAGGACGCCUCCUCAUCCAGAGCCGCUACCUUGUGCCAGAAUACCGCCAGAAGAUUGAGAUAGAGAGUCAGCCAUCCCCCCUUGAGAGUGUCCUCCAGGGGUCAGCAACGGAGUCUGAGAUGGCGGUGAUGAUCGAGCGGCUGAACGUGAGUGAGCGCAUCAUCCACAUGAGCAGUGCCUCGGUGGUGUCGCCCGGCAUGGAGCAGUGUGGAGAGAUCCUGGUUAGCCGCACUGCCAUGUACUUUGUGGGGGAGCAGGUGACCAUUGACAUGAACCAGAGUGGCACGUGCAGCGAGGUGGUGUCCGUCACCUGGCCGCUAGAUACUGUGCGGGAGAUACACAUCCGUCGCUACCAACUACAGGACUGUGCCUUGGAACUGUUCCUCACCAGUGGCCACUCAGUCCUCCUGGCCUUCACCGACACCCAGCACCGCAACCAGAUUAUUGGAGUGCUGAGUAUGUCGGACAUGCCCAACCUGCUGAGCAAGGCCACUCUUCCUGAGGUCACUGCUCAGUGGCGGGAAGGACACAUUACCAACUUUGAAUACCUGACACAACUGAACAAGCUGGCUGGUCGCUCCUUCAAUGACCUCAUGCAGUACCCAGUGUUCCCGUUUGUCCUCUCCAACUACACAGCUGACAUUUUGAGCCUGAAUGACCCAUCCAGCUUCAGAAAUCUGAAGAGGCCCAUUGCAGUGCAGCAUCAAGUCAAGGAACAACAUUACAUCAAUAAUUAUGAGAUCACCUCUCAGAUCAGCCAGGGUCCUGGGGACGGGCCGUACCACUAUGGCUCUCACUACAGCAACUCUGGCAUUGUGCUUCACUUCCUGGUGCGCUUGCCCCCCUUCACCCAGCUGUUCCUCCGCUACCAGGAUGGUAAUUUUGACAUCCCAGACCGAACCUUCCAUUCUAUGCAGACCACGUGGCGUCUUGCCUCCUCAGACUCCACCACUGAUUUUAAGGAGCUCAUCCCUGAAUUCUUUUUCCUUCCUGAAGUAUUCCUUAACUCAGAAGGGUUCAACAUGGGUGUGCGUCAGAGUGGUGAGCGAGUCCACCACGUUCAGCUCCCUCCCUGGAGUGGUGAUGACCCUCGCAGGUUUGUGCUGGUGCACCGAGCAGCGCUAGAGUCCCCUCUUGUUACUCACAACCUGCAUCACUGGAUUGACCUGGUGUUUGGCUACAAACAGACCGGCAAGGCAGCCGUGGAGGCCAUCAAUGUUUUCCAUCCUGCGACCUACUUUGGCUAUGAUGUGGAAGACGGCGGGGAUGAGAUCAGUCGUGAGGCACGGAAGGCCAUGAUCAAGACUUAUGGCCAGACUCCCCAGCAGCUUUUCACCAACCCUCACCCUCCAGCCAGCCAUGCUGGCCCCAUACAGAACCCUCAGGCCCCUGAAGUGCUCCAUGAGGUGCGAGGUCUGCGGUGGGGCACCUAUGCUGGGUCCCCUGCUGAUGAGCGCCCCAUCCUGGCCCUGGUGCAGACCCUGAAGACGCCUGCCACCUGCCUGGCCUGCCUGUCCCACACUGAGCUGCUCCUGAUGCCACCUCGCACUCACCUCCUUAACAUUGGUCUCAGCAAAGGCACCUCUGGAGCGUACAUCCUGUCAUCACACCACCAGGACGGCAUUAUCCGCUGCCGCCGCCUCAAAGACAACACACCGCAGCCGCUUAUAUCCGUGCCUCCCAAUGAGCAGGUGACAUGGUGUGUGUGUGGCACCAACCAGGUGUGGAUUGGCUUGGCGUCCGGUCAGAUCCUGGUGUACCUGGUGAGCGCUAGCCAUGUUGGGGAGGAGCUGAUGGUGUCCUUGCCCCCCACCCUCCUCCUGGCACACACUGCUCCCAUCACAACCAUGUACCUCUCCAAUGCUUUCAACAUCUGCAUUUCUGGUGGUAAAGAUGGCAUGUGUGUCCUCUGGGAUGCUAACAGACUGUCCUAUGUGCGGAGUAUUGGGUGGAGUGGUGUGGAAGUCUCCCUGCUUGCCAUGAGUGAGACUCUUGGGGACUGGGCCUCUGUCACUCCCUUGGGUUCCAUGGCUUCAGUGCUGCGCCUCUACACCAUCAACGGGGCGCUGGUGGACUCUGCUGUUACACCUGCUCCUAUCACUGCCCUUGCCUUCACUUCAUCACCUGAAGGCACAGCAAUUAAUGUCAUUGCCACCAGCAUGGCUGAUGGUGUCAUCAGACUGUGGAGUGUGUGGGACUUGCGAGCAGUGAGGGAGCUGAAGACUGACAGGGCAAGGCAGCCAAUUGCUUCGUUGCAGUACAGUCAGGACAAUCUCCACCUGUGUGGCAUCACUGAGAGUGGAAUCCUGGUGGUGUGGGAAUCCUCUCUUGUCAAAACCAAAAUCCCAAAGUUCAUCACUGUUCCUCCUGUGUAGUCAGGCGUCAGAUGUUGGGGAACAGCUUCUCAAAAGUUGCCAAAGGAAUACUGAAUGUAAUCUGUAUAAUUGGGUUCACAAUUGGUAAUGAGGAUUGGUGACUGGUUUUUCCUCAUCUCAUGUAUGUUCUGUGAAUCUCGUCUUGUUUAUUUUUUUGUAGGAAAUUAUCUGUACUUAUGGACUUUAUUUACCAUGAACUUUCUUUUAUAAAUGGGAAUAAAUUAAUGCAACUUUUAACAGUCACUUUUAGCUGUAGUUUAUAUAUAUAUAUAUAUAUAUAUAUAUAUAUAUAUAUAUAUAUAUAUAUAUAUAUAUAUAUAUAUAUAUAUAUGGGAAAACCUUAUUCAAAGUGUGUGUAAUAUGAGAUUGUUUUGUGGUGUGUAUAUAUCGAUCAAUUUAACCAAAAAUGACGCAUUAAUGUAUUUCAUGAGACGUAAAGCUUCCAGGACAAAUUUUAAACAUUUUGUGUGCAUGUUUUAGCAUAAAGUGCAGUGUUUGUGUAAAGAUUUUGGUCUGCACUACUUGUUUGUCUUCCAAACUUUUUUUUUCUAUAAAUUUAUAUACCAAUUGUUUUUAGUGAAAAUUGCAGAUAUGUAAAGUUGUAUUCUAUUGGCAGAAGAUAUUAUUACCGUCCUAUUCCCACAGAUGUAAGUUUCUGAGUAAAUUUUACGUAUGUUGCUGCUUGACUGCAUGAGGGAACGAAAGGGUGUCAAAAGUUAUGAUUUAGUAUUUAAUGGAUCAGCAUGCUCAAGUCUCAAACAGAUUGUGUAGGUCCAAAGUCAGGGUUGUCUUGUGAUGGUCUGCAGGAGACACUGAGGACCUGUAGGAACAGAGGCAAGUGUUGAGUUGUUGUGGUGGCAAUGGUGGUAUUGCUGCCUGUCCUUGCCUCUCUGCCCUCAGGUGCUACCUCUGUGCUCUGCCUGUAUCAGGGUUUAUGCCAGGCAAGUGCCACCCAUCCACCUUAGCAAGUAGCAGUGCAUGAGGUAGAAAAUUGUAGGAAUAGAAGAAAGUUGUGCUCAUACAAAAAACUGACAUUUUCUCGUGUCAUAAAUUUUUUUUGUCUUUGUUUCCCUAUUAGGUAUGACAUGGAAUACAGGCAGCUGUAUGUAUAUAUUGUUUAUGAAAAUAUCAUGGAACUGGAGUUAUUGUCUGUAUUUUGUUCAUUAUUUUGCUUACUUUUAAUCUUUUAAAUAAUGAAUGCUAUGAUGUGCUUCUCUUCAAAAUUCAUUCACAUUAUUUGUACUCAUUCAGUCUGCAAUGAUGUAAUGCUCAGUUAGGGCUAAGCUACCUCUUCAUUGAUACACCAAUACAUUCAGCUUAGACAAAACAUAUAUGGGUAAUUUAUGCCUUUUAAUUUAUUUAAUCAAAGUGUUGUUGAAUCAAAAGUCAUAAUUGGUCACAUAUAUAAUUAGAAAUGUAUAGAAUUCUUUAUGAUUUAAUGAUGGUAAUGUUUUCAGACAUUUACUAGAAAAGCAAUACUUAUGCUAGUAAAUACGUUUAAAGGAAAGAAAGUAAAUAUGCCUAGUAUGCAGUGUAAUUCAUGUGUAGGUAUUUUUAAUGAGGUGGAAGUCUGUAUCUUAGAUGGUUAGGAAAAAAAAGAAAAAAAGUUUAUAUUUAUUGAAAUAGAUAGUAUAUGUUACUCUGAAGGUUUAUGCAUUAGAUUUUUAAUGUAAGUUAGUAUAGUACUGUUAUGCUGUGAGAGAUGUAUUAUAUUACAAUGAACAAACAUUCCAUCUACGUGACUGUGAUCGCAUGAGCCAUGCACCAAUGCUGUCCUCGGGUAGUACACAUGCACAAGUAUUCUGCUUGGCAUCUGUGGGAAGGAGGAUGUGAUAUCCUUUGUUCCUCACAACAGUCAAAAAAUGUACCCUCUGUGAUUCCUGAUGGCUGGUAUCCACACCUUUAACUCUUCCAUGCUCCAGUAAGGUAGCAAGUUUUUCUUCUGCAGCGCAAACCCGAGUUAGUUUAACAGGAACAUUGUCUUCCUAGUGUGUGCAUCUGUGAGCUAUUUCCUGACUACAGGAAUGUGUUUUAGCAUGCAUAUGACCAGUAAAUUUUAGUUAACAUUUGAUAAGUACUAAAACUAAAGCAAAAAAUAUUCAUCAAUAUAUAAAUAUGGAAUUUAGUUAAUGUGGCAAUAUUGUGUGACCAAUGCCAGAAUUCUUUCAAAUGUACAAGAAAAGAGCUGAAGUAAGAAUAUUAAGGGAUAGAUGUUGCAAUGUUAUUUACUGAAGCUUUCCAGCUAUGCUACCUCUGAGUUCACUGAGGAAGGUGUAGGGCAACAUAGAUGGGUAUUAUUGUGAUAAUAUAUAUAUUACUUUUUACUUAAAAUGUCAGUAUCAUUAUUGCUAUUAUCAAAAUUUUGGAUUUAUCAAUUAUUGGAUGAUAAAUUCAUAUCAGUAUCAAUUUUAAGGCUGUUGUAAUCACUUGAUUGGUUAUCAUAAUUUUUCUCAUUAUCAUGCCCAGCUAUGCAAGGCCUUCAGAUGAAAUGAGUAUCUGUAGGCAGCUCUUUGGUAUUUGAGACUUAGUGUAUAUAUGUGAAAUAAGUGGUGACUAGUUUGCUUACACGCUAGUCUGUCCUGCUUACUUGCUUUGGCAAAUAUGUUGUGUAUGAGAGGGUUAAUGUGGGUGGCUGCCAGGCAUCCUUGUUGGUAGGAUACCCAUUGAUUUGUAAUGGAUUGACAUGUUGAAUUUAAGGAAGUUCAGUUUGAUUAGGCAUCUUUAAAUAUACAUUACACUGUGUGAUGUCAAGCAGAAAGCAUUAUCCAUUUAUUCCAUCUCUUGGUUAUACUUCACUGCCAAGAGUCGGCAAGUGUUGUGGAGGCGUUGUAGUGACCAUGAGGGUUGGUGUGUGGUGGCCUGAGUCAGCCUGUGUCCCAAUCACACAGUCUCUGCUCAUGCUGUGUGACCUUGAAUCUCAUGCUUCUAGUGAAUGUCUGGUAUACACCUUUAUCCAUGCAAUUAAUGUUACUUUAUGUCAGUAUCCUGUGUUUAGCUUUACCCAUAGCCAUUUACUUUUCUGGAUGGGAUAUUCUAGUACCAGUGUACCUUCAAUAGUCAGUAUUGCUGAAUCAAUUAAUUUGUACCUUCUAGUAUUAGAUUAGUUUUAAAAUUUACUGAUAAUGCACACUGUAUCUUGUUUAAAAAAAUACAAUUGAAUUAUUGGCUGUAAAGUAAAAUUCCAAUAUGUUUGAAAUUCUAGUAUGUUCACCUGUUUCCCUCUGCCAAACAAAUCACAUCUCUCAAGUGUUAAGUGUUGGAAAUAAAUGUUUACUUUCAUUGUAAUGGUAAAUCAUAUAUUGUCUCUUCUGGCUAAGUAAAUGUGGUUUUCUUUUAAAAA